AGAACACGGAAGUUAAACGGCAUUUCCGCUUUCUCCGGUUCGCACAGCAGCACGCGUGUCCGCAGCGAUGGGCAAGAAAGCUCGCAAACGUAACACGUUUAAUUACAAAUUAAACAGAAAGAAACUGAAGAAGAAGAUUUUGAGGAAGGAGCAGCCGAUGAUUGAAUGCGCUCAGAUUCGAAAGGCGUGGGACGACAAGAAAUCAGCCAAGCAGAAUCUGCAAGAUAUGGGACUGUUGUUAGGAGUUAAAGGUGUGCUCCCCAUCAGCAAGAAGGGCAAUAAUGAACCAGUGGGUCAAGCAGCAGCAGUAGUGAAACCCUACGUCGUCAGAGAAAUGGAAGCAGAGGCCAGUCUUCCAACAAGUGACAAACCUACAUGCUCGAAUGAUUUGAUAGAAUUUGUCCAGCAUAUGAUUAGGGAAUACAACGAGGAUUAUAAGGCAAUGUCUAGAGAUGAGAAGAAUUACUAUCAAGACACGCCAAAACAAAUCAAGCGGAAAGUGAACUCAUACAAGCGAUGUCAUCCCAAGGACUAUGAAGCUUUUAUUGCAUCUUUGCAAGCAGAGAAGUCGUCUUGAAUGUUGAAGUGAGAUGCUGGAAAAAUGGACUGAAUGGACCGUACACUUACCCCAAAUGCUUGUAAAAUUCUUGGAGUUCUUGAAGUGAUAAGGGGGAUUUGUGCAUAAAUGUUCUACAUUGUAUACAUAUGUAAAGCAAUCUUUAUUUUGGAAUCUUACCAUGAUAUGGUCAUUUUCUGAGACGUGUGUGUUCUGUAUUUUCACAAAAAAUGUUUUCAACAAAAAUCACACUUUUUCUUUAUUUCAAACACUGUGUUGCAGCAAACAUACUAUGGAUAGUAUUGUUAUACAAGACAAGUGGUCAAGUGUAAUAUACAUAGACUUUGCCUUCUGUGUUUAUUCAUUUUGGCUCAACAUCCAGAAUGAUUUCACUGUGCCAGAGCACAGAAUGCGUAUAACUGCAGCUGAGUGAGUUCAUAUCGGGUUGUAGGGCUUAUAAGACAAACGCUGAUCCUAAUGUAUUAUGCCUAUCUUAUGUAACUGUGAAAGGAUUCUGUUCCAAGUACGUUUAUCCUUGUACCACCCCGUUUUUAUAUAAAGUACAAUGGAAACUA